UACAGUCAAGGUGCGUACGCAUUUCUCCGCCCCACCGUGACAACGCAUAUUCAGACCGAGUUCUAUAAAACCAUACGGUACGUCUAUUGACAAUAUCAAUCAACACUUGAUACUAACAAACAAAACAACAAAAUGUUCAGCAAAAUCGUAGCUUUGAGCGCGCUGUUGGCCGCUGCCAACGCUGGCUACUUGGGCCAUGGACACGCCGUGUCCUCCCAAAGCAUCAUCCGUCACGAUGAACCCGCACACUACGCCACUCCCGUAGCACACUACGCCGCUCCCGUUGCCCACUACGCCGCUCCCGUCGUUCACUACGCCGCCCCCGUAGCUCACUACGCUGCCCCAGCUGCUCACUACGACGGCCACGACACUUACGCUCACCCCAAAUACGACUUUGAGUACUCUGUAUCUGACCCCCACACCGGUGACCACAAGUCCCAGCACGAGAGCCGCGACGGUGACGCCGUGCACGGAUACUACUCCCUGGCUCAACCUGACGGCUCCAUCCGCAAGGUUGAGUACACCGCUGAUGCCCACAAUGGCUUCAACGCUGUGGUGCACAACUCCGCUCCCUCAGUACACCCCGCCCCCGUCUACGGCCACGCUUACCAUCAUUACUAAAUGAACAUUGUCAAUAAUUUAUUUAUUGUUUGUAAUAUGAGUUGUAUAUAAUUAUAAAAUGUGAUGUGAAUAAGAAAAUAAUGUUUAUUUUU